AUGGGCGGAGGACCAGAAUACGGGUACCGCACCGUAGCGUACUUCGUCAACUGGGCCAUCUACGGCCGCAAACACCGUCCCCAGGACCUCCCUGCUGACAAGCUCACCCACAUUCUUUACGCAUUCGCCAACGUACGUCCCGAAUCAGGCGAGGUCUAUCUGACCGACACCUGGGCCGAUACAGAUAUUCACUGGGAAGGAGACAGCUGGAAUGACAGCGGUACCAAUCUGUACGGCUGUCUAAAACAGCUCAACUUGCUCAAGCGCCAGAACCGCCAGCUCAAGGUCCUGCUGAGCGUGGGCGGCUGGACCUACAGCAGCAACUUCAAGCAGCCGGCCUCCACACCUCAGGGCCGCCAGACCUUUGCAACAUCCUGCGUCGAGCUCAUCAAAAAUCUCGGGUUUGACGGCAUCGACAUCGAUUGGGAGUAUCCCCAAAACACCGCCGAAGCAGCCGACCUCGUUGCACUUCUUCAAGCCGUUCGUGAUGCCAUGGACGCGUACAGCCGCACCUUACCUACGCCAUAUCAUUUCGAGCUUACCGUCGCCUGUCCUGCCGGCGCCCAGAACUACGAAAAGAUGGACCUCCCCGGCAUGGACCGCCUGCUCGACUUCUGGAACCUGAUGGCAUACGACUACGCCGGGUCAUGGGACAGCGUCGCGGGCCACCAGGCGAAUCUGUUCCCUUGCUCGCACCACCCGCAGCGCACGCCGUUCAGCACCGUGUCGGCGCUCGAGUACUACACUUCCCACGGCGUCGCACCGAACAAGAUUGUUCUGGGUAUGCCACUAUACGGCCGCGCGUUUCAGGGGACCAACGGCCCGGGACAUGGAUACCAGGGCGUCGGAGAGGGAACGUGGGAGAAUGGCGUGCAUGACUACAAGAAGUUGCCGCUUGAGGGUGCGGAGGAGAGGAUCGAUGAUGAUGCAGGAGCCAGUUACUGUUAUCACCCUGGUUCCAAGACGAUGGUUAGCUACGACACAGUGGAAAUGGCGAGGCGAAAGGCGCAUUUCCUGCGGCAGAGGGGCCUAGGAGGGGCUAUGUGGUGGGAAAGUAGUGCGGAUAAGGAAGGGGAGGGAAGUUUGAUUGCGACUGUGGUUCAUGGUCUGGGAGGUAAGAUGGCGCUCGAGAGGGCGGGAAAUUGUAUUGCGCAGCCCCACACCAAGUAUGAUAACUUGAGGGCUGGAUUUCCUAAUAACUAA